AUGGACGUGGCAGGACAGGCCACCGUCCUGGACCCAAGUCAAAGCCCUCAGCAGCUGUGCGAGGAAGCAGAGAUAUUGGUGUAUCAGUUGAACCAUCCCACUGCCACAGACAGUAUCACUGUGGUACAAGACAAACUACAACAGAUUCAAAAACUGCCACAGGGUUGGGAUGUUGCCCGAUACCUACUAGAUCAGCCUGAUUCUGGCACCAAGUUCUUCGGUGCAUUGACAUUUAUCGUCAAGAUAAACCAGAGCUGGCCUGAUCUUUCUGACGAUACAAUUCAACAACUCAAAAGUUAUCUUGUCAGUUGCUACGUCACUCUUAUUGAGUCUCAAGAAAAGCAACUAGUCACUAGGAAACUCUCAGCGGCCCUUGUAGCUGUCUUCUUCAACGAUCAAUCAUGGACUCAUCCUAUCCAAGAUAUCGCGGCCUUCUUCUGGCAACGUGGCCUUGAUGCUUCCUUGAAAUUUGACUAUGAAGGAACAGUGGUGCCUGCGCUCAACGAGAUACAGAUCUCGGGCUUACUUGCCUUUUCAAUAACAAUGGCCGAGGAUUCGGUCAGAAAUAGUAGUCUUGUACGAAAAAGCAGCGGCGACCAUCCAAUCACAGAGAGUAUUGAAGAUGCAUUCUGUUUAUGUAACUACGUUCUUGGAGCAUUGCUAAAACAGUACAGAACUGAGGGCGAUGUUACUGACAAGACCGGCUUCGAAGUAUUGAACGCUUGUCAGGCGUGGUUCAAUGUGCGGACUUCCAUCUAUCUUCGGGACCGUUCCGAAUCACACCACAUCCAAAGCACAGUUAAUCAAUUGCUUCUGUGUAUGAACAUCCCAAGUCUCUCCAGCCAUGCCAUCGACAUUCUAGCAGAUAUGCUCAACAGUGAGGAUCGUCUGUUGAAAGAAAUGCACCUCGAAGUAAUCUUGGCCUACAUGCAAGGCGAUCGUGGCAAGGAGCUCGCGCAAAUGUUGAAAGACGGUGACUACGAUGAUGACGCUAUGGCAUUCUGGAAUCUCAUCGAAGCAUAUUCCUCUCCAAGAAGGAUAGACCUCAUUACCGGCGUUCUAGGACCCAGCCAUGCCGUGCUUCUAACGUACCUUGAUGUGCUCUUCCAGGGUCCUGGCCACCCAGGAGUGGAUGACUCCAUAUCUCCUCGUCUGUUGGAGUGGUGGACUGAGACGGCGGAUACAUUACUAGAAGGUGUAGAGCAGGGACUUGAAGAGGCUCGUCAGCACCUUGCCAAGGCAGUGCUCAAUGUUUACAGUCGGCUUAAAUGGCCCGCGGAAAACGAGUUUGGUACAUGGACUGCUGAUGAGAGAAGUGAAUUCUAUAAUUUCAGGCGGGACACUGAAGAUUUUCUGCUUUCGGUAUACUCAACAUUGGGUCUGGAGCUAUUUGAUCUAUUUCGUCAGAAGGCUGUCUCUGCUUUGGAUGUGGGAGACUGGAACGAACUUGAGGCUGCUUGCUUCUGCUUAGCCCAGAUUUCCGAAGCAGUGGACGGCGUUGAAGCUGCUCUGGAUCAUCUGAAUGCUGUAUUCACUGCAGAAAAGUUUACACGGAUCUGUUUCAACAGCGAUCAACUACCGACCAAGACACGACAGACUCUGGUGGACAUGCUGGGCAAAUACCAAAGUUACUUUGAGCGCAAUCCAAACCUACUGCCCAAAGUUCUGACCUUUUUAUUUUCAUCGCUGAAUGUUGGGUCGUGCACCAACAAUGCAUCGCGCUCGAUCAGCUUUCUUUGCAAAUCAUGCCGCCAAGCUCUCGUUUCUGAGCUUCCUGUGUUCUUGAAGAUUUGCAGCGAGUUUCAACAAAGCCAAGCAGUUACUGUACAGAGCUUAGAACGGGUUGUUGAAGGAAUCGCUGCUGUUGCCGAGGCGCUACCGUCGAAAGAGGCAAAAGCACCUUAUAUAGAAGAACUACUCAGACCGUUCUUCUCCCAGUCGGUAUCUGCGCGAGAAGAUGCGCAGAGAGGUGAUAUUGAGGCCGCUCAUUCUCGCGCACAAUUAGCCCUCAAAUGCAUUGCAGGAAUAGGGCGGGGGCUUCGAGCGGACGAUUCAAAGGUUAUUGACCUCGAGAGCGAGGAAAUCUCAUCUGACGACAAUUCAUUUUGGAACACAAGUCCUAUCCAGGAACAACUACGCCAGUGUCUUUUGGUAUAUCUAGAUGGGUUCCCUCUGGAGCAUGAGAUCAUUGAGGGUAUUUGUGAAGUCCUGAAAGCGGGUUUUACGGAAAAGACUGGGCCGUUUGUAUUCAAACCUUCAAUCACGGCACAUUUUCUAAUGGCUAUCCCAGUCGGGGCGGCUGGGGCCUCAGACGUGGUGAUGAGCACAGCAUGCUCAUUCCUUGCCUCUUAUCAACGCACCCCAGAAAAGGUUCAAGAGGAGACCGCUUCAUUGUUUAUACACGUUUACUGGACGUUCUCACUCAUGUUGCAAUAUCCGGAAAAUUACGAUCCUGAGGUUGCAAAUAGCGGAAUUUCGUUCUUGACUCGAUCCCUCCCAAAGUACCACGAGAUCCUCUUCUCAUUGACAUCAGCGCCAUCUGUUUCUACAUUCCGCAUUGCUGCACCACCCCCUAACAUGAAUAUGGAAGUGCCAGUAUUACAAACAAUCCUAAAUUUCGUUAGCAACGCACUAUCUGGUCGAGAACCACUACCGCUACGAUCAGCCGCUCAAUUCUGGGUAGGUGUUCUCACGCUACCGAGUGCGACGAAUAGUACGACGAACGUAUCUCGAGCAAUUCAAGAGUAUUUGCCGAGUCUAAGCCACAUUCUAAUGACACAGUUGAGCGGAACAUGCGCAAGAUCAGACAUCAAUCAUCUUUGCGAAGUACUGAAGAAAAUCAUCUUCAACUUCCAAGGCGAGGCACGGAAUCAUCUCGCCGCGUCGCUGGCUGGUCCAAAUAAUACUGCAGGUGGCGGUCUGUCGAAAGAACAAGAGCGAUUCCUGGCGAUGGUUCUCGGAGCCCGAGGAGGAUCGGCGACGCAGGAGAUUGUUCGGACGUAUUGGAUUAAUUGUCGCGGUGCAGGCUUUGCGUACCAGGGUUGA